AUGGCGAUGCGCUCGACCCCGAAAACCGUGUCAUCGGUGGCGACGCCCGUUGCUCAGGGUGACGCACCACCCAACCCGCGCGACAAGCGAGGCUUCAAAAGGUCUGCGCAAACUGUCGCACCGUUUCACACCAUGGUGGUGCGGAUAGAGAAAGCACGCCCGCCGCCGCCGUCCCGGGUGCUGAGGCCGCCGCUGCUGCUGCGGGAUGCGCCGUCGAGAGGUCGUGGCUGCUCGGAUUGGAAGCGACGAACCCUUCAGGCUGUCGUCUUCGUCGCCAUCUUGUCUCCGCUGUGCUUGGCACCCGGUGCGGAUGCGUUGUUCCUGAAAAAGAAGCUCAAGCUUUUGAAGGCCAGCAAAGGCAAGUUUGGUCUUAGGCCCCAGCCCCAGCCGCAGCACGCGGUCGGCGCAGCAUGGUUGCCGCCGCCUCAGUGGGUACCGCCCCCUCACCCGGUGCCGCUGAGCGGACCUCCGGUGUCCCACUGGAGCUACACUGGCGACUACUCCGGGUGGGUGCCCCCGCCAGCGCCACAACCAGUGCCGGCGCACGGCUGGGCUGCCGCACCACCAGCUGUGCACGCAGCCCACCCACCACCGCAGGGGCCCACGACGACGUACGUGGUCGAGGCGCCAGUGGACCCCGGAACAGCGUCGUUCGCAUCGGCCGCCGGCAAGGGAGCGCACCGGCCGAGGGGACCGCAGGAGUACCAGUACACGCUGCACUGCCCUUACGAGCUGUACAUCCAGGCCGAGCAGCCCACGAACAACAAGGACCGCUGGUGACGCUGCUCACGGUGCCUGUCGAGCGACGGGCGACACCGACCUAUAUAAUAUCAGCGAUAUUGAACGAGUGGGUCGCCACAGCCUUGUGAAAGCUUCAAAGAUUGCGCAUAAGCCUUUCGCUGUGUAGAUACUUGACGGCCAGUUGUCUCGACACAACACGUCACGCUGUUCCAUGCUUGAACUUUGCUGUUACGGGAGAAUCGAGAAUAGCUAGAUUAGGCCGUCGUUAAGAGGAAGCUUUAGCUUUGGUGCUCCUUUCUAAAUACAUGUAGAAGGAGAAUUCGUUUUUUUUGGCAACCACUGCACCAGAGUUGACGGAGUUUGUUGCAUUUAAAAGAAAAACUUGAUAUCUAAUGACACUUGGUUUCGAAAGAUUAAUCUAGAUUGACAUUUUUUAUUAAAAAUUGGGAAAACCCACAAAAGUUUGCGACUCUCUAACUCAGCAAGCAAAAUUGAUAUCACAAUUCUGUGAAUUUCAUCUAAUAGUGCAUCUAAAGCGGACAAAAUUGAUGUUACAUAUGAAGCUAAAAAUUUUAGUAACAUGGAAAUACAGCAUUUGCAGAGCCUUUGUACACAACCAAAUAAAUUAGUUUAAGGUAUAGAUUCACAUAUCCAAUUUUUCCGCUUUGAUUAUGCUAAGGAAUUCCGUUUACAGAACCGCGAUAUCUGUUCUUGAUGCAGAGCUAUUAAUUUAUAAACAUUGUGCGUCUAUUUAUUCCAAAUUCAUUCCAAAUUUUAUUCAAAUUUUCGAAAACCCUUUCCCCAAAAGUCAGGCCCUAAAUCGAAGUUCCGCUUGCAACAGUCACUAGAAUUUAUCUUUCUCUCUCAAAUGCAACAAAUGUCAUUAAACUCGGUCCAGGGGUUAUCUCAGAAAAGCGUUUCUGCGUUUUACACGUAUUUAUAUAGGCCACGUCGGAGCUGGGCCUGAGCUAAAGCUUCCUCUUAAACGGCCCUCACCAGAUCUGGCCAUUGUGAGCUGGCAAGUGCAGAGCAUACAUUGCGCCAUAACGACCGUGUCUGCAAAGUAUUACAUUGCUACGCGCCGCGGAAAGAUGUGAAAUAUCAAACCAAACGCCGUUUUUCCUUCUCCUCGCGGCCGCCGCCCUCCAUGCCGGAGGAUGACGUACUCGUGUGCCUGCACCUACGUACUGGUGUCCGCAGUUUCACGUCGCUCGUGGUGACACGUGACUUCGAGAAAUAUUCAAGGCAACGUUGGCUAUUUGUGGGUAUCUGUUGCCUGAAUUGACGAAUUGAUGUUUAGAGAAAUAAUAAAAUACACAAACGGAG